AUGACCUCCCUUCACGACGAACACCUCAAUGACUCACGAUACUCUCACGACAUUACGAUCGAAAACGUACGAUCCUCCCGCGCCGACUCUAUGUCCUCGACAUCCAAAGAGAAAUACACCGUGCACUCAACUAUUGAAGCAGCUUCUACCAAAGACAAGGAAGAAGGGGAAGUAGAAGAUGACUACCCGGAUGGCGGUACGCGAGCAUGGCUGAUUUUGGCGGGGGCCAUGUGCAAUACGUUCUCGACGUUCGGCUAUGUUAACUCAUGGGGGAUCUUCCAGAAGUACUACGAAGAGACAUUACUAAGUAGUUCAUCACCGUCAACAAUUGCAUGGAUAGGCUCUAUUCAGUAUUCACUUGUUUUUCUACCCGGCCUCAUUGUCGGGCGCCUGUUCGACCUAGGAUAUUUCCGCUCUAUAUUUCUGAUAUCAAGCGCAAUUCUCGUUGGUGCGACCUUCCUCGUCGCCCAAUGCACGCAGUACUGGCACUUCUUACUCUGUCAAGGGUUUGUUGUUGGUUUUGGUUGUGGGGGAAUAUUUGGACCGACGACUGCAGUGAUUGCUCACUGGUUCAAAAAACGCCGUGGGUUCGCGAUGGGCCUAGUAGCUGUUGGCUCCUCGCUUGGUGGAACAAUUCUACCUAUAACAGCUAAUAAUCUGAUUCCUCGUGUUGGGUUCAAAUGGACCAUGCGCAUAUUUGGAUUCAUCCUACUAACUACAUUAGGGAUGUCCAAUCUGUUGCUUAAACGGCGCCUACCCCCAAAAAAAGUUGCAGGAGGACUCCUCAAUCUUGCUGCAUUCAAAUCUGCGCCGUACUCUGUCUACUGUGCUUCGGCGUUUGUCACUUUCCUUGGGAUCUAUACUGGCGAGUUCAAUCGUUCAUUAUUGUGUUCUCGGCUCAUUCUUAUCCCAACAGUCCUCACAUAUGUUGGUGUAAGCGCGACGGACAUUGGAAUCUCGUCAGAUUUUGCAUUCUACUUUAUUGCUAUCGCCAAUGCAAGCUCGCUAUUUGGCCGUUACGUUGCGGGGAACCUCUGUGAUAAAUUAGUGGUUCUAGGGGCUAUGAAUGUGAUGAUUCCGUUCACCGUCUCAGCAGGCAUCGUCACCUAUGCCUGGCCAUUCGCUCAGACGAAAUCGUCCCUCAUAGCGAUCACAGUGAUCUAUGGCUUCGCAUCAGGAUCAUACGUCUCCCUUCUAUCUAAUCCCAUCAUGGAGAUGGGUGAGACAGGAGACGUUGGGCGUCGCAUCGGAAUGUUCAUGAGCAUUUUGGCGAUAGGCGCGCUCGCUGGCCCCCCUAUUUCUGGAGCCAUUGGUACAGCCACAGGUGAUUUUAAGGCAGUCGGGUACUACGCAGGCACAGCCGUCCUCGUUGGUGUUGGUCUGAUGAGUAUCACACGGCAUCUCAUUCUCAAACGGAUGUUUGGGAAAAUAUAG